AGUUGAUCGAGACCAGCUUUUAGCUUUUUCGAUUUUACUUGGGACUAUUAUACUAAGUUAGUUAGUAUAAUAGUCCCAGGUUUUACAGAUGGAAAUCAAUAGACUAAAUCUGCGCAUGCUCAUCAAAAUAUAAACAUCCGGUUUGAAAAUGCAAAACAAAUUUGAUUUAUAGAACUUGGAAAACCAGACCAAUCAGACGGUGGUGCUUAUAGUGGUUGUCAUCACAAUUUUGUAUAUAUAUCAUAACUGGUCGAAGGAGGAAACAUGACAUCUUCGUUUACUACAAGGUUGUCUGGACACUUGCACCGUAUUUUAAAUGUACGACGUCGUAUUUACCCGUCGGCGUCGGUAAGAAUACUAAGAUUGUUCUCAAAUGGAGAAACGGAUGAGAUCGAGUCUUUUUUAAAUGAUUACACGGAUUUGGAGUUUCGACCACUCCGCAUGAAGACCUGUAUCUUUGGAGAAUCCUUCACCAACGCACGGAUACACUACGAUGAAUUUUACUUUACUGAUCCAUCCACUGGCGAAGAAAGUGUACCUACUAUUGAGCUAAAAACCUUGUUUCAUCAAGGGAUGGAGAAGUUGGAAACAUUUGUCAGAGGAGAAUUCAACAUAAGCCCCCAGAAGAAAGAAAAUCAAGAUUGUUUUAGUUCAAUUUUGGCUUUGCAUUCCUUCAUUCAAAAUAUUAGAAAUCAUGAAAUGGCAUUGAAAGAUAAGGAUGAAGGAACAACAGUCCUAGAUGACAAAGAGUGUUAUGUGGCAGUUCUGCUUACAAAUCAUCUCUUGUCACCUUUGAUACCAGCAGGACAUGAUUACAUCAUUGAUAAUAGAUACCAAGAUAAGCCUACCUAUUGUCCUUGUUGGUCCAGAUCUUGUCGCAAAUUAAUCAACUAUGGAAGGACAAGUAUAGGUAACUCUAGAUUGUGGUAUGGAUAUCCAGAUGUUGUUUUACUUCCCAACACUGUUAUGGUGGAGCAGGAUUUUGAACAGGAAGAAGAAGAAAAAGAGGAAGUGUAUAAUUUAAAAAAUGAGAAAAGAGAAUCCGAAAUAUGUGAACUUGAAAUAAAUCAAAACCUUAAUUAUGAACGAAUUGCAAGUCAAAUUAUAUCUCAAACCAUUACAGCUUCACUUUACACAUCCGCCUUAAAAAUUCGAAAACCAGAAUUAGGAAUUCCAGACAUUUCUUUGAUACCAUCUUUAAUAUUGACUCCUUCAACUUACUGUAUAUAUAUGUAUGACAACAAACAUGAUAUUUUGUUAACUAGUGGUCCUAAACCUACAUAUUUGUGGGAUGACUCAGGUUUAGGUUAUCAGUUUAAUAAAUCAGCCAUAAUGCAUAUAUGGAUGGCUCUGAAUCAUCUCCAGUUGUUACCAAGCCUUGACCCUGCACACAUUGAAUUUAUUCAACAAAGUUCAAAUUUUCAAAAUCUCUGUGAAAUGAAUGGUUUAGAACUCCCCAAAAUAGCUGGUCAUAUACUAUUUCAGUCAAAAUUUGUUAGACCAGAGAAAUUUGGCCACAAAAAUCGCAAUACAAAACGAUUGGAAUCUUCAAGGUACAAUACUGCACAUAUAAACUCAACAAAAAAAUAUGGUUAAGGAACACUAUAAACUGACAAAGCCUGAAUAGACAAGUUUUUGUCUGUAUUGUGUGUCAUUUGGAAACAAACUCCUUU